AUGUCCCAGUGUUGGUUUGUGCAGUGUAUUAAGGUGUAAUAGGGGGCAAAUACAUAACCGUGAGAGGCCUUGGAAGUGCAUAGAAUAGAAUAAAAUGGCAGAUAUGGUGGGUAUGUGGGAGGUGCCUCUCAGCGAUGGGAUAUACCAGAUUGAAUUUGAGCAUGGAACCACUACAGGGAAGCGGGUUGUUUAUAUCAAUGGAAAGGAGGUCCUCAGAAGGGACUGGAUGUUCAAACUAGUGGGCAAGGAAACAUUUCCUGUAGGACAUACAGGCGCAAAAGCUACUAUAAAUAUCGAAGCACUUACCGGCUUUACUUAUGAGUACACUCUGGAAAUCAAUGGAAAGAGCCUCCAGACUUUUAUAGACAACUGGGCUAAGAUAUCCAAGACUUGGCUGCUGAAGCUUGAUGGUGCUGACUGCAGGAUUGUUCUGGAGAAAGAUACCAUGGAUGUAUGGUGCAAUGGCCAAAAGGUGGAAACCACGGGGGAGUUUACAGAUGACAGUACUGAGACUCAUUUUGUAGUGGGGAACCAUGAUUGUUGCAUAAAAGCAACUGGCAGUGAGAAGAAAAGAAACGGAGUAAUGCACAUGCUGCUUGUGGACGGGACGAAGGUCAUGUGAUGAGGAAGUACCUGUUUCACUAUUGACUACUUCAGUCUCAGGUGCUACGGUCUGCGCUGGAUACGCGCAGCCAGAGCAGUAAAAAAAAACCUGCACUGCACGGACAAGCCCAUUUCUCCAGUACACUGCGCAGGUUUGUUGCAGCCAGGAUCGUGACCAACGCU